AUCAACUCCCUGCUUACUCCAAGAACACAACCUUCCGCUGUCCCGCAUAUUCGCGUCUGGGAAGAUGGAAUGCCUGAUAUUGGCGGUGUGUCUUGCCAUGGCUGACAUGCCUAAAUAUCCGUGCCCCAUCCUAGCGUUAUUUGGUCCCUAGAAUGAUCUGGGGUAUUCUUAAAUAGCUUGAUUUCCUAUGUUAGAUCCACUACGUUCUCCUUUCCAUCCGCCUCGGUCCUAAUAGCUAUUCGUUUUGCUUACUCUUCUAAACCUGAGCAAGAUGGCAGCACCUAACACAGUCCCUACACUCUCUCUUCACGUGACGAUCACGAUAGCACCUGAAAAUGUGACGAAAUUCUUGGAAGCUCUCAAGCCAGCUUACGAUGCCGUCAUUGCCGAGCCCGAAUGUACGUUCUUCGAGGUCUACCAGUCGGCGGAAGAACCCGGCGUGUUCAAGUUUGUGGAGAACUGGAAGGCGACGAGGGAGUGGAUGAUAAAUGUCCAGUUCAAGAAGGACUACUACAAGCCCUAUCUUACGAUCACAGAACCGAUAUAUAUUAAACCGCGAGAACAUGAGAUUUACGAUUGCAUGCCAGGGAAAGAUUGGGUGUAUGUAUCCAAAGAGAUGGCGGCUUGAAAUACCUCGUGGAAUUUCGAUCGCGAAACUAGCUCCCUGGGUGAAAUGUUCUAAAUGAAGAUAAAUAUACAUACAAGAGCAUUCCCCAUACUCACACCCUUCAAUCCCGGAUAAUAGGUACUUACUCCACCACCUAAUCACCUUUCCAUACAUGUAGAACACAAAUGGCACAGGCACCAAUAAC